AUGAAUUAAUUAGAAAAAACUCCUAAUUAAAGAUUGUAGAGAACUCAAAGUCAAUAGGAUGAAAAGUGGUUUAAACAGCUGCAUAGAAUUUCUUCUUCUUUAAAGUAUUGUUUUAUUGGCAAAUUAGAAAUUUAAAAACAACACAAGAAAGAAAUGUAUAUAUUAAAAAAGUUGCACGUUAAAGAGAAUUAGAUAACAUCAUUCAUGAAAAAUAAAAGCAAAAAGAAAUUUCUUUCUUUAAUUAGAUGCAAAGAUCCUGAAACAUUUUUCUUAAAAUUUAAGCCAAUCUAAAAACCAUUAAAUAUGUUAAGAAUGGUUUCAGAAUUAAAUUUAGCCGAAAAAGUGCAAAUGAACCUUAAUAAAAGAUCUAAACAUGAAGAAGAAUCGAGUCCUAUAGUAAAUAGGACAUUUAACAAGAAUAACAAAAUGGGAAGCUCCAAAGUUAUUGAAUUAAAUGUAUCUAAGGAAUCAUCUCAAGGCGAUAUAAUGAAACCUAGAAGGACUUUAGAAUAUUUAUUUUAAGAUAAUAAGAAAUAAAAUCCUCUUUUAUAAAAUGAAUCCGAUCUGGAAAAAAGUAAGUCAAAAAAAUAAACUUAAAGCAGAUCAUAUUCUCAAUAUUCGAAAUCAAAUAUGAACACUCUCUUAAAAACGGAUAUCAAUGCUCUCUAAACGGAAAUGGAUUAAGUGGAUCCUAAAAUGAACACCAAAUUACUUAAAAUAACUAAGGUUUCAAGUUAAAUUCUUGCUCGAAAUGGAAUAUUUUUGCAAACUAAAAACACCUCUAAUUCAAUCAAAGUAAAUUCGUAAGAUAACAUAUGUUUAGAAGAUGACAAUUCUUCCUUGGCUUCUCACACUGAAUUGAUGCUGGAUAAUUUGUAUGGCAAUACAAAAAAAUUAAAUUCAGACACUAAAAAUUUAGAAAUGAGAAAGAAGGAGUAUGAACAUGAGUCAAUUAAAUUAUUCUAUAAAAAAAUUUAUUGCAAGAUCUGA